CCCCCCGGCGGGCGGUGACGGGGCAGCGGCUGGCUGAGGUAACGCUGAGUGAAGUAACGCGGGCUCGUCCCCACGCGUGAUCUUCGCCCCAUGUCGGCCCCGCGCGGGUGUGGGCUCUGGCGGGGCGCUCACGGCCUGGCCUGGGUGCCCUUGUCCAGCCGGGGCCGGACGGCAACACCUGCAUGCGGCUCCCCAGCCUGAGCAGGGACCCGCGACAUGGAGGGGAACCGAAUGCUGCAUGGCUGUUCUGAAGAGAAGAACCGUCCCACUUCCAGGAAAGAGACAGCUGAAGGUGAUUUGAAGGCAUUUUGGACACAACUGGAAAGUAGAAAAGUGGAUCUCAUAUUUGAGCAGGUGCAAGAAGUACUGCUGCUGCUAAAGGAAAAGAUCAAGAAUGGAACUGCCACAAAUCAAGAAUGCUGGCAGGCUUGGACACUGGUAAACGAAGCUGAUCUGGGUGAUCUUUUAACGUUGACAAGUGUAAAUGAUGUUCUUGAUGAAGAAGAUACACAGGAACCAAAUCCUAAAUCACCUAAAUCACAGCAUCCUGUUACAGAUGACAACAGUGGAAACACUGUAGAGGGUUCACACAGCAAAAAGGAGACGGUUGAAAAAUCAGAUUCAGGGAGUGAGGAAGCAUCAAGUGAAAUUCAACGUGUACCUUUAAAUCGCCAGUAUCGGAUCCACAAGUGCUCCAGUGCAUGUCUCUCCAACAGAGCAGUAAGCUCCUACAAGGGUGAAAAUCCUCUUAAGAUACCAGUACUGUUUCACUUUCAAAGACGCCAUGCGAAAGCAGACUGCCUUUCAAAAUCACUGGAUGUGCAUUACAAAGCUCCCUGUGGCAGGAGUCUGAGAAGUUUUCAAGAUGUUCAAAAUUAUUUGUUUGAGACAAAAUGUGAUUUCUUAUUUAUUGAUCACUUCUCUUUCAACACAUACGUCCUGUUGGGCAGGAACACUGUAAAUCCAGAACCCCUUGUGUUUGAUCUUGAUAUUAGCAAUGGAGCUGAAUCUGUGCCUAUUUCCUUCUGUAAUGACAUUGACCGUGCCAGAUUACCUUAUUUUAAAUACCGGAGGGCAUCGUGGCCUCGUGGAUAUUAUCUCAACAAUUUAUCCAGCAUGUUUCUUGAUUCAUGUGACUGCACGGAUGGCUGCAUUGAUAGGUCCAAGUGUGCAUGUCUGCAGCUAACUGCAAGAGGCUGCCGUAAAGUUUCUCUGUCUCUUAGUACUAAAACGUCUCGUGGAUACAGUUACAAAAGACUGGAAGGGCCUGUUCCUAGUGGAAUUUAUGAGUGUAGCGUGUCGUGCAGAUGUGACAAGAUGAUGUGUCAAAACAGAGUUGUACAGCAUGGCAUUCAAGUUCGGUUGCAAGUGUUCAACACAGAGAAGAAGGGUUGGGGCGUCCGCUGCCUGGAUGAUAUCGACAAGGGGACGUUUGUUUGUACUUACUCAGGCAGGUUAAUGAGCAGAGCUGAAGUUCAAGAGUUGGGAGGUGCUGAUCAAGACUUGAAAGAGGAGAGCGCUGUGAAUGACAGGGCAAAGCUUUUUUUCCAAAAAAGAAAACUUGACUCUAGCUGUUCAGACUCUGAGAUUGAACUCGUGCAGACUGGCAAAGAUGAUAUUCUUGAGCAGCAGGAACCUUCUUCUGAUAAUGAAAAUGAAUCAGCUCUAAUUCAUCCAAGGAAUGUGAAAACUGCAGCUGUGAGAAGGCUUGGAACUAGAAUAGCUGUUGUGGAUAAUCACCAGCUGAAAAUGGAGGUUGAUACUCUGGUGCACAGUGCCAGCUCAGAUGAAGAUAAUAUUUCUCAGCCUCAGCAUUCAAGCAAAACAGAACUGACCAGUGGAACAAACAAAGAAAAAGAAAGAUCCAUCCAGAAGCAGAAGGAAGAAGAUCUGGUGGAAGUUGGACAGACGGAGCCUGCUGAGAUGGGCAGUGCAGAAUGCAGAAGGAAGAGUCUGUCUCUGAAGGGUGUUGCUUGUGGCAGAUCAGAUGUGCUGAAUGAUAAAUACGUUGUGAAGCCGUCCACAAAGGUUCCAAAAAAAGCUAACUGCAAAGAGGAAGCUCACAGACAGUCAAAACAAGGCAUAAUUUGUAUGGAUGCAGAUGGUGACAGGACGCUUCUGAAGAAUGCUAAUGAUGAAAAUAUCUAUAUACUAGAUGCCACGAAAGAAGGAAAUGUGGGUCGUUUUCUUAAUCACAGCUGCUGCCCCAAUCUCUUUGCACAGAGUGUGUUUGUAGAGACUCACAACAGAAGUUUCCCAUGGGUUGCUUUCUUCACAAACAGGCAUGUGAAAGCUGGAACUGAACUCACGUGGGAUUAUGGAUAUGAAGCUGGAAGUAUGCCAGAGACAGAGAUUUCCUGUUGGUGUGGAGUUCAGAAAUGCAGGAAGAAAACCUUAGCAGGCGGAGGGAGCGGGAUUCGAACCGGUGACCCCAGCUCUACCACGCCUAAAGGCGCGGGGAUGAGCCGAGAGCCGCUCCCUCACCACACGACCCUCACACCUCCAAUCCCCGCCCGCAUUCCGUACACCAGCCAAUCGGCCGCUCGAAGCACCACCCCGUCGCCCCGCGCUGCGGGCCGGCCCGUGCCUUUUUGCCGGUCCCGCCGGGCCGGUAAGCACUGCGGCGCGUGGAACGAAAGUGUUAGGGAGUGGCUGAGGGCCUCCGGCGCAGCGAGGCCGAGUGCCUCGGGAGCGGGGGAGAGUCGGGAGCCGAUGAGGAGCCCUGCGAUUAUCUCCGUAACGUUGAACGGCUGUGAGAAGGGACGGACCAGUCGGUCCGUCCAUCUGCUUAAAAAAAUUGUGGAAACAUUUCCUGUGUGGCAAGCAGACGGUGGAUUUGUUGUGGAAGCCUUGCGUCUUCCUGUUCCAGGUGCUCUCCAGGCGAUGGCCAAAAUGGUGAGAAGGACGUGUGCUUUCUGUUCAGAAGGGGAGGCUGCUUCUAUAAUGUAUGUUGCCAAAGAGCAAAAUAUUGCAGCUCAUCAGAGUUGUUUGUUAUUUUCCUCUGGAUUUGUGGAAUCUGAAGAGUAUAACCCAGAAAAUCUAGAUUUAAGGUUUGAUGUGGAAUCCGUGUUGAAUGAACUCAAGAGAGGAAAGCGACUGGUGUGCAAUUUCUGUCGCAAGAAAGGAGCCACAGUGGGAUGUGAGGAGAGAGCCUGCCGCAGGAGUUACCACUACUUCUGUGCCUUGUGUGAUGAUGCAGCCAUAGAAACAGAUGAAGUAAAUGGAGUCUACCGAGUGUUCUGCUCAAAACAUGACCCAGGCAACAGGACCAAUCACUAUGAUGCAGCUAAUAAGAGGAAAAGACAUGCAUCGAAAUCUUCCACCACCAUGGAACAAAUGAGGGCAGAAGAGACAGCAGAAGAUAACAGAUUACGGAUAUUAAGAAGGAAAAGCAGCAGACACAAAGUCCGAAUCGACUUUCUCAGGAAAUGCAAACAAGCUGGGCUUCUGGAUGACAUAUUUGAAGAAAUGUUGGACACCCUUCACUUGGCACAGGAAAAGCUGAUGGAUGACAACACUUCAGAGACAGAGUAUGAGGAGACGGUAAUAUCGCUCUUUGACUGCGGACUGUUUGAAAACAUACUGACAAAUAUUCAUUCAGGGACUGAGGAAAAAAUUCAAGAAUUGCUGAAAAGCAGGAAAAGACUGGAUAACCAGAUUGAGCUACUGCAGGAGUUAAAAGAAGUUUCUCUCCCCUCCCAAGAGAGUACUGCCAGUACAUCCAGUACAGUGUCUGAGUAACCCCACGGCUGCCGGUGACGUUGUCAAUACUCCACAUCUUUUGAUGAUAGCAACCAGAUAGAGCACAUCUGGUCAGUAUGUGAUUUCCUUUCCCCCAGGCUAGUGCCACAAGCAAAGACUGGAUGUUUUUACUCAUUUUUAUACCUCACUGUUGCAGUAACUUGAAGUUAUUACUCUUCAAAUUUUAUUGUGGAUAAUUGUAUUAUACAUCAGCUGUAGGUUUUUUUUUAAAGUAAAACCCUCCCCCAGGACUUUUUCCUUCAAAGACAAGGGACUGUCUUUGCUGCCAUAGAAAGCUUUUUCAAGUCACUUUAAUUGCAGCAGCCUCUUCUGCCUGUGUGAAGUGGCCACUUCCCUGUCUGCAUCUACACAGCAUUGUUUUAAAGGACCACAGUGCUGCUCUGGCUUUCCAAAGAAGAUCAACUAGCAGGACUUGCACCGAGAGAAGUCUUCUGACUUGUAAGCUGGAGGAUUUUCAAGUGUUUCUUGAUUGACUGCCUAAAAUAUUAGUUCUGCUGUAGCAGCAGUGGUAGAGUGAUGGCUGCAGGCAGACCAGAAGUGGUGAGGUACUACACUCUGAUCAAUGUGUAUAGUAUAGGAUGGAUCAGACAAUGGGACUGUCUUCUUCCUUUCUUUCUUUCUUUACAAAGGAUGCAAUUUCCCUCUGUUUUAUCUUAAGAGCUAUUAUAUUAAAAUGGUUUGAAUACAGAAAAGCAUUAACUAUAAAAGGUUAAGUUAAUGAAAAUAAAGUGUUUUUAAAAAAGCUGUCUUUAGUGAUGCUCAGAAGCCCCAGUGUUGCAUGGGCUGUGGCCUAGGAGGGGGCAGGCUGUCACCCCCUUGGGUUUACCAACACUGUGCAUCUCAGCAGCAAGCAAAAGCAGCACUGAAGAGCAUGGCUCUCACACUACAGAAUGGCACAAGAGGCUCCAGGGCCAGCCUGCAGCCUCCUAAAACCAAGGCAACACCCUUCAACGCGUUAACACGGAGAAAGAAUUAUCUAUUAUGAGUUACUAGGAAAGCAAGAUCAAAAUACACCAUCAGUGGAAAGAAGUAAAGCUCAUUCAACUCAGGCUAAUU